CCGUUCCCCGUAGCUCCGGCGGCAGUGACCUCCCCUCCCGUGAUGUCGGGCGCGGCGGCCAGACCUCUUUCCACCCGAGCCUCCGGGGCCUGGCCCCCACGGGGCUAAAGAGCCCGGCACCCUCUCCCCCCCUUGCACCCGUCCCCUCCAGGCUCCCUUGAACCAUGCCUCCCGCCUGGUUCGGUGUCCACAGCUUCCUGCUGCGCCUCUCCAACCACCCCAGGUGGGGACGCCGGCGGCCCCAGACCCCCCUGCUCUGGCUUCUGCUCCUGGGCUGGCCCGCCUGGGUCCAGCCGGCCACCUUCAAGGUGGGGGUGAUGGGGCCCUGGACCUGCGACCCCAUCUUCGCCCAGGCCUUGCCUGAGGUGGCCGCCAAGCUGGCCGUGGGGCGGCUCAACAAGGACCCCACCAUGAACCAGGGCUACUGGUUCGACUACGUGUUGCUGAACGAGGAAUGCCAGACCAGCCAGGCGCUGGUGGCCUUGGUCAAGGCCGAGCGCUACGCCUCGGGCUUCGUGGGGCCGCUCAACCCGGGGUCCUGCGGGGCGGCCGGGCCGCUGGGCCGGGCCUGGAACAAGCCCGUCUUCUCCUGGGCCUGCCUGAACGGGGACGCCGAGGUCGAGCGGUGGGGCACCUUCGCCCGGCCCCUGCCCCGGGCCUCGGCCGUCCUCUACGCCGUCCUCCAGUUCUUCCGCUGGGCCCACGUGGCCGUGGUCACCUCCCGGCAGGACCUGUGGGUGGAGGUGGGGCAGGGCCUGGCCAGCUCCCUGCGCGAGUUCGGCUUGCCCGUGGGUGUGGUGACCACCAUGGAGCCCGGGGCCGACGGGGCCCGGAAUGCCCUGCGGAGGGUGCAGAGAGCCGACAACGUCCGAGUGGUGGUGAUGUGCAUGCACUCGGUGCUGCUGGGCGGGGAGGAGCAGCGCCUCCUGCUGGAGAAGGCCGAGGACCUGCGCAUGACGGACGGCACCUUCAUCUUCAUCCCCUACGACGCCCUGACAUACAGCCUGCCCUACCACCGGACCCCCUACCCCGUGCUGGGCAAUAACACCAAGCUGCGGCUGGCCUACGACGCCGUGCUCACCGUCACCAUCGACGCCCCCGAGCGCAGCUUCCGUGAGGCUUUCCAGGAUGCCCAGCGGGCGCAUGAGCUGCCGGCUCACCUGGACCCCGCACAGGUGCACCCGCUCUUCGGCACCAUCUACAACUCCAUCUACUACCUGGCCAAGGCGGUGGAGCGCACGCAGCAGGCCGGCCGCUGGGUGAUGGGCUCCAGCGUCGCCGAGCACGCCCGGGACUUCCAGCUGGACGGCUUCUGCCAGCCGCUGGCAGCCGACGAGGAUGGCGACCCCGUGGUGAGCUACAUCAUCCUUGACACGGACGGCAAAGGGAACCACCUCUGGCCCACCUACAGCGUGGCCACGGGGCCCGAGGGGCUGCGCUAUGCAGGGCACGCCAUCCACUGGCCCCACGGUGCCAGCCCCGGCACCGACUCGAGCUGCUGGUUCGACCCAACAUCUGUCUGUUCUGGGGGGGUGGACCCCAGCUUCAUCCUGCUGCUCUUCAUCCUGGUUUCCAGCUUGAUUGUUGGGGGAAUGGUUCUCGCUUAUUACAUCAGGCGCCGGAUCCUGCACGCCCAGCUGAUGAAGGGACCCAACAAGAUCAUUCUGACCAUGGACGACUUGACCUUCAUCCACACCCAGAGCAGCAACAAAAGGAUGGACGAGAGCCGCACCAGCCUGGCGGGGAAGAGUGUCUCCGACAUGAGGAGCUUCAAGAGCCUGGCAGCUGCCCCCGACAACACCAACAUGGCUGUCGCCGAGGGAGAUGAGAAGCAAAAAUGCAACAGCCACGUCCCCUUCCUCCUCCUUUUGUUUAACAACCAAGGGCUAGUGGCAGCCGUGCAGGGUGACUGGGUUUGGCUCAAGAAGUUCCCAGGGGAAAAGCACACGGAGAUCAAGCCAGCCACCAAAACCAGCUUCUGCAAGCUCCGGGACCUCCGGCAUGAGAACGUGAACCUGUUCCUGGGGUUCUUCUACGACUGUGGGGUGUUCGCCAUCGUCUCGGAGCACUGCUCCCGCGGCAGCCUGGAGGACCUGAUCCGCAACCAGGACAUGAAGCUCGACUGGAUGUUCAAGUCCUCCCUGCUCAUCGACCUCAUCAAGGGGAUGAAGUAUCUCCAUCACCGGGAGGUGGUCCACGGGCGGCUGAAGUCGCGGAACUGCGUGGUGGACGGGCGCUUCGUGCUGAAGGUGACGGACCACGGCUACAAUGAGCUGCUGGAGGCCCAGAAGGUCCCGCACGACCCGCCCAGGCCCGAAGAUCGGUUCUGGACGGCGCCGGAGCUGCUGCGGGACCCGUCGCUGGAGCGCAAGGGCACCUUCCGCGGGGACGUCUACAGCAUCUCCAUCAUCAUGCAGGAGGUGAUCUGCCGCAGCGCCCCCUACUGCAUGCUGGACAUGCCGGCCGACGAGAUCAUCCGGAAGGUGGAGAACCCCCCCCCGCUCUGCCGGCCCUCGGUCUCGGUGGACCAGGCCCCUCUGGAGUGCAUCCAGCUGAUGAAGCAAUGCUGGAGUGAGCAGCCCGAGCGGCGGCCCACCGUCGACCAGAUCUUUGACCAGUUCAAGAACAUCAACAAGGGCCGGAAGACCAACAUCAUCGACUCCAUGCUGCGCAUGCUGGAGCAGUACUCCAGCAACCUGGAGGACCUGAUCCGGGAGCGGACGGAGGAGCUGGAGAUCGAGAAGCAGAAGACGGACAAGCUGCUCACCCAGAUGCUGCCGCCGUCGGUGGCGCAGGCCCUGAAGAUGGGGACUCCGGUGGAGCCCGAGUACUUCGAGGAGGUGACGCUCUACUUCAGUGACAUCGUGGGCUUCACCACCAUCUCGGCCAUGAGCGAGCCCAUCGAGGUGGUCGACCUGCUCAACGACCUCUACACCCUCUUCGAUGCCAUCAUUGGCUCCCACGAUGUCUACAAGGUGGAGACCAUCGGAGAUGCCUACAUGGUGGCCUCGGGGCUGCCCCAUCGGAACGGGAACCGGCACGCGGGCGAAAUCGCCAACAUGUCGCUGGACAUCCUGAGCGCCGUCGGCUCCUUCCGCAUGCGCCACAUGCCCGACGUGCCGAUCCGCAUCCGCAUUGGCCUGCACUCUGGGCCCUGCGUGGCUGGCGUGGUGGGGCUCACCAUGCCCCGGUACUGCCUCUUCGGGGACACCGUCAACACCGCCUCCCGCAUGGAGUCCACCGGCCUGCCUUACCGUAUCCACGUGAACAUCCGCACGGUCACCAUCCUGCACUCGCUAAAGGAGGGAUUCAAAUUGGACGUUCGGGGCAAGACGGAGCUCAAGGGCAAAGGUGUAGAAGACACGUACUGGCUGGUGGGACGAGACGGAUUCAACAAACCCAUCCCUACGCCCCCCGACCUGCAGCCGGGGGCGAGUAACCACGGCAUCAGCCUGGACGAGAUCCCCGAGGACCGGCGGAAGAAGCUGGAGAAAGCCCGGCAGAACAAGUAGUGAGGGAGGCCAGCGAGCGGAAAGCCAGGCUGGGCCGAGAUCUGCGGCCAAGACCACCUGACGCUUUCCGGUCAGUCCCUGUGGGCCUUUCUGCUGCAGGGCAGACUCAGAUUGCUCCCCCGCCUCGACCCCAUCACACCCUGCGGAAGGAGGAUGGGCUGGGGCAGGCGGGCAACUGGUGCCGGUCACCAGAAAUGGACUCGUCUUUGUGUGCGCUGGUCCCGCCUCCCCAGGUGCAUUGUGGGACUGUGGCCCUGACCUAGGAAUCGCUGUUUGCUUUGCAGCCGAAGAGCCAGGUGCAUUAUGGGACUUUGGCCAACCUGGGAAAUUCCAUGUACCUUCUACUACAAAGCCAGGUGCAUUAUGGGACUUCGGCCAACCUGGAAUUUGCCGUUCACCUCCAAUCAAGGUCCCCAGGUGCAUCAUGGGACUUCAGCCAACCUGGGAAUUCGCAUUCAUUCCUGUAAUGGGCAGUGUCCCCUGGGACCAGCCGUUCUCCCCCCUUUCUUCAGGGGUUCAGACUGUACCACUGCGAGGAGAUGGGGGUGGCUGGGUGGUUUGUUCAGACCCUAAUUGCUUUCUGCAGAGAACCCCGGACAGACACGAUGGGGGAAUGGAGCGCCGCCCCCAUGGGGUUACUGUAGUUUGCCGGCUGAGUGCCGGGGGAUUAGCUCCCUCUAGGGGCAGCAAAGGGAACAAAGUUUUGCUCCCUCUCUGCUAACAGAUGUUUUGUGGGGGCUAGAGGUCCUGGGUUCAGUUCCCGCCCACGGCCAUGCUGGCUGUAUGCACGAGGCUUCCCUAUCCAGCACUGUAGUAUUUGGGCUCCCAUAUGACCCCAGGGGGCAGGGACUGGAGCAUGGGGGGGGGGAAUGUGGCACGGGACCUUUCCCCUCUAGAGGGCAUCGGCUCCCGUCCGGCCUCAGAGUCAAGACUGCCCGGCUCAGGGGGGCAGGGAAUGGGACACAGGCCCUUUCCCCUCUACGGGGCACCAGCUCCCAUCCAGACCAAGGGCCGGGACUGGGGCAUUGGGGGGUGGGAAUGGGGCACGGGGCUUGUCCCUUCUAGGGGGCGCCAGCUCCCAUCCGGCCCCAGAGCAGGGACUGGCUGGCUCAGGGGGGCAGGGAAUGGGACAAGGGGGCUUUUCCGCAUCUUCAGGAUGGGAGAAAGCGAUUGACUCAAGUGGGCUGGGAGUGAAUCCGUCGGGGGCCAGGGCUGGAUCCACCUGGUAACACUGAAAUCUACUGUCUCCUCGUGGAUUGCGUUUCCCUCACCGGCCGAGGUCUGGGCUGCGCUCUUCCUCCCACGGGGGGUUAAAACCACAGACCUUGCCCCCGGACAUGCCCAUCAGACCCACCCAGGAUUGUCUCCUCAUGCACCACGCGAACGGUGCCCAAGAGGAAUGUGGGGGGGUCACGGCAGAGGGGCUGUCCUGGGGGACAUGGGCCGACCCCCAGCUGGACUUUUCUUUACCCACCUGGCGUUUCAGGGGUUAAAAAAAGGGAAAAAAAAUCUCACGCACAUGCAGUACACACAGCUGGCCACUAGAUGGCAGUCAGGACCCCCCCAUCAUAAAAUCAUCGAAGAUCAGGGUUGGAAGGGACCUCAGGGGGUAUCUAGUCCCACCCCCUGCUCAAAG